AUAUCCCGAGUUAUCCUGCGGAGUCUAGAUCCUUCGUUAAACAAAUUUCUCUACAGGAAACAGUAGUAAGAGAGAGGCGGUUUUGUUAAUCUCUUAUUAUCUUAUCAAAGGCUCGAUACACCGGAACGAAACCGUUGCGCUCUGAGGUGUCUUCAUUUUUUUUGGCGGUUAACGAUUCUCUCAUUUCAGGAUUAAUACUUGUUGAGAAAAUGCAAGGAGGAAGGGGUCGCGGGGGACCCUUUUUUGGUUUUGGUGAUCCGUUUGGUGGCUUUGGUGGUGGAUUCGAGGAUCAGAGUAGUUUGUUUUCCAAUUUAAUGGGUGGAAAUCCGUUCAAUGAUCCAUUUUUUGCACCUCCUUUUGGAGGAAUGAUGGGGUCGAGCUUCUUUGGUUCUAAUGCGAGCCCAUUUUCUCCCAUGCAUCCAUCUCCAUUUAUGGAGCAUCAAGCUAUAGAGCCACCCAGAAGGUCCAGGGGACCUAUUAUAGAAGAAUUAAACUCUGAUGAUGAGAAAGAAGAAACUGAUAAUGGCAAGAAAGACAAUCCUAGAAAACAUGGUAGACCGGACAAGGAGCCGUAUGUUGAGGACCCAGAUGAUGAAGCCCAAGAGAGAAAGAGUAAGCACGUGCAGUACAGAAAUAGUCACAACAGGUUCAAUGGGAAUGAGCGGCUGCUGCAGCCUCAAACACAAAGCUUUACAUUUCAGAGUUCUACCGUUACCUAUGGUGGCGCUGAUGGAGCAUACUAUACGUCAUCCAAGACUAGGAGGAGCGGGAGUGAUGGAGUGACAAUUGAGGAGAGCAAAGAAGCUGAUAGUAUUGCGAGAGAAGCAAGUCACAGGAUUUCUAGGGGACUGCACAAUAAGGGUCACACGGUUGCCAGGAAGCUUAAUUCAGAUGGUAAGGUGGACACAAUGCAGACAUUGCAUAAUCUUCAUGAAGAUGAGCUUACUGGUUUUGAAGAAGCCUGGAAGGGAAAGGCUAGACACUCUCUACCUGGCUGGGAUGGAAAUUUUAGUGGCCAUGAUAAUAUGAGGAAUGCUGGUAGUGGACAGGCAAGCCAGGGAGGCUGGGCACUUCCAUCCACUGAGCAGAAUCAACAAUCAAGGACUGUACCUGAUAAUGGUAGAGACAGGGUAGCUUUUUCUCAAAUGCAGAACUCAGGAAGGACGAAGGCUUCAUCAAAUGUCAAUGACAAGAGUGGAAACUUUCGAGGGAAAGCAAGAAAAUAAGUCGGAAGAUGCCGCAUAUUCUUGAACAAGUUUAAUUCUUACGAAUGUAAUUCUAGUUAUAGCAGAUGAGAUCUUAUGUGUACCCAAGAGAUGUACUUGGGACUUGGCGUCUACCACGACAGUCCAUAAACAAGUCUCAACAAGGGUAGCUUUUAGUAUUAUCUUGUAUGAGCACAAACUCGUUACUAUAUUCGAUGUCUAUACCUAUGCUAUCAUUUAUUUUCUGUUGUA